GGGUUUUUACCAGGGGACUCGAACGGGCGCCGUUGAACUUUUUAAUUUCAUUUGCUCGGGUGCCCUGAACGGCGGAUUUUAAAGAAGCAUAGCCCGCCUUGGGGGGCCGGUCAUUCGAUGGUUUCGCGUACGUUGAUGACGAGCCGUGAAUAGCAUCUCGUAAUACGUCCCCUUCUACGUCGAUACGAUUUGGCAGACUCGCUUGUCCUGCCCACCGCGCCGCUUCGAUACCCACUCCUACUCACGGCCCUGCCACCUACAUGAGCAACUAGGUCUUGGCACAACUGUCGAUAUCACCGGUUAAUUUCCCUUUAGUUCUUCUCGUUCUGUGGCAUCGCAGUCACCAUGAAUAACGACCUGAGCCUUUCGAGGGCCUUGGGUGGUCUACGCAUUGCGAACCCUGACGAUGCUACACCAAGUCCAUCCCUAGAAACCGAUCCAGACGCUAAUGCAUCCGCGUCGACCCAAAUCGUCUCCGAUAUUCGCCCCUCAGACCCCGACCCUUAUAACGGCCAAAGCAGACCCCAAACUGCCGAGAUGACAAUGGGUAUCUCUGGUAUAUCAUCCGAUCCUCAAAACCAAAUGUCCGCAUAUGCCCAAAAUGGAGCGUUGCCAUACAGCAACGUUUCUUCCUCCCGUCCACAAUCUGGCUUAUAUGCCACAACGACGGCGGCUGAACGCGACCAAGCUGCAAACUCUUACCAUAUUCUACGAACCGAACCAUCCAGGACACCCAUGUAUAAUAUGCCAGGUAAGAUCGACUCGAGGGCACCUUCGGAGUAUGCGCCGAGUAUUCCUUCGCGGGAAUCAAGUCACCGGGAAAGAUCAUAUAACCCGAACCGUCAGCUUCAAGCCGUGGCUGGCUCCGGUCCCCUCCCUCCUAGGAGGAGCUCGAAAGGCAUGGGUGGCGGUUAUACCUCAAUUCCCGGUGUUCCUAUCGUACCCGAACCUCGCGGCCUUGCAUCAGAUAUGUCGGUAUCCCAAAGUAGCGAGGAAUGGAAAGACCGCGGAGCCGCUGUGUCAAUGCGAAAGGAGGUAGAUGCUAACGGGAAGACGAUUAUGAGGCCGGUGAAGAAGGGUGUUCGGGACUUUUCCUUCGGCCGAGUUCUAGGAGAAGGAUCAUACAGCACAGUAUAUUUCGCUACUGACAGGCAAACCCUUAAGGAAUACGCGAUAAAGGUCCUCGAGAAGAAGCAUAUCAUCAAGGAGAGGAAAAUCAAGUAUGUCAACAUCGAAAAGGAUACCCUCAAUCGACUUACGGAACAUCCUGGUAUUGUACGACUAUAUUAUACUUUCCAGGAUGAGAACUCCUUGUACUACGUCCUGGAUCUCUGCAACGGCGGUGAGCUUCUGGGUGUGCUGAAAAAGACAGGUACCUUUGAUGUGGAAUGUACAAGGUUCUUUGGGGCCCAGAUCCUAGAUGCUAUCGAGUAUAUGCACUCGCGUGGGGUUAUUCAUCGGGAUCUUAAGCCAGAAAACGUCCUUCUUGAUGAUCAACUACACGUGAAGAUUACCGACUUCGGAACAGCGAGGUUAUUAAGCGACCCGAGAGCACCUCAGCCCCCUCCAAGGCUUGAGGAUACAGGAACCAGCUCUAGGGGCAAAGAUCAUGACGACGAUAGUCGUGCGGCCUCCUUCGUCGGCACGGCCGAAUAUGUCAGUCCCGAACUUCUCACUAAUAAGAAUGCUUGCAAGGCAAGUGAUCUAUGGGCAUUUGGUUGCAUCAUAUAUCAACUACUUGCUGGACGGCCACCUUUUAAAGCUGGUUCUGAGUAUUUGACUUUCCAAAAGAUCGUCAACCUGGAUUACGAAUUCCCCCCUGGAUUCCCCCCCGCAGCAAGAGACUUGGUCGAACGAUGCCUAGUCCUAGAUCCAGCUAGGCGACUUACUAUUGAACAUAUCAAAAACCAUGAAUUCUUUGAAGGUCAACAAUUCGGCAAAGGGUUGUGGAGGACGAAGGCACCCCGACUACGGCCGUAUGUGCCACCAUCUCAAGAACCUAAGAUCAUCCAACUCAAUGGAUCUCCGGCUAGCCAACAACAACCUACGUCUAGGCCACCAACUACCGGGAACGGAUUAAAUGGCGGUUCUCGGGCACCAGGAAGGAUUAUUACUGAUAUCCCCCCGCCGUCUCAAUUAGAUAUCGAGUGGUCUCCAGUCUUGACAAGAACGAACGAAAGGAUACUACGCCUUGGUGAUCUUAUGGUUAUGUCAGCGCCAAUUCCUAAUAGUCCACAUAAUAAAGGUGAAGAGGGCCACAGAAAAUUCUCUCGGUUCUUUGGUGGCAGCACAACGAAGAAAAGACAGCGCCUGGUAAUGAUCACAUCAAGUGGAAGGAUUGUCCUGGCUCCAGCGGGAGGUGAAGAGAAGAAAGCGAAAUUAGAGAUUUCACUUCUCGCACCGGACUGCUCGUGGAAGAGCCAAGUAGAUGCAAAAGGGCAGACGGUAUGGUGUGUCGAUUCGGCUGGCAUUCACUAUACGUUCGAAGACGUCAAGCCCCCCUCUUCCCUGGAACCACCUCGGCCGACGGCGGAAGAUUGGCUUGAAUCUCUACAGCAGGCCAGGGAUUUUGCCGUAUCGCUGAAUCUCAGCCGUUCAUAUACUAGUGAUAAUGCAUUCGGGGAGAUGUCUUCGUCUAUGUCCAGCCCAGCGAGUACUUUUGGACCUGACGGUUACAACAUCAACGAUAGGUCUCAUCGAAAUCAUCUGAGUAAGAGUCAAGCGAGUUUGGAGGAUACUUCGAGUACGAAAAGGAAUCGAUUUAGUAAACGACAAUCCAAGCAAGGGUUAGGCUCGGCUUUCUAGGGGUAGCUUCAUAUCGGCAGCUUGGAAAGUUCUUACGCAACAUUAUACCUUUACAUCACCUAGAUCAAUCAUCCCUAUGAUCUAUCUAGCUUCCCCUUAGUUUUCUCUUUCAUAUGCGGCAUGUUCUAGCGAGGCGUAGGCUUUGGUAGCUUUUGGUGAUAUUUGAAAGGGGGUCCAAAUCAUGACACGAAAACAAAAAGGCA